UUCGAUGUUGAUGCUUGGGUUGAGCGGGUUUAUGUCCUGGUGUGGCAGGACCAACGGCAAGUAUGUACGCCGACGCAGAUGACCUGCGUCGAAGGCACCGGCGACUGCAUCGACGCUUGACAGUAACGUUACCUGCUCCUCGAGGUGACGCGAAUCUCUCAAGCUUCAGGCGCCUGAAGAGCGCAUUCGGGCUCACCGGUGAGCGGCUUUACGGUCAUUGGUGUGUGCCUUCAUGAGACUGCCAACGAGUAUCUUCUUGACCAUCGGCGCGGGUAGUACAUUCGUGAUCAUCGGCGAGUACCUUCGUUUUCGCUCGACAGCUUGUUCCUUUGCGCUCACCGGUCGUCUGUGCCUUCAUCACAGCGAAAAGGCGUAUCUGACGUCCACGAUUACUGAGCCUCGCUCUUCUUCGCCUGCGCGCGACCACUUGGAGGGCGUCAUCAAAGCCCACAAUCGCUGGAGGUUCUCUUUCCUAUUGGCUUUCAUCGUAGACUUCCUCGGUGUCCCGACCUCUGGUCCUUACGCUUAAAGUGUUCCGCUCUCUUCCCGAGUCUUCAUCCUUCGAAUAAAAGCGACAUGCAACAUCUCCUAUAUCCUCCUCCUCCAUGUUACCAUUACAGUUUUCACACAAAUCCCGAGCGUUUCAAUAUUUCCCGUUAA